AUGGAGAUUCAACAUCCGUCGCAUGGGUUUGCGACUCCUCGUCUUCAAUUCCAGCACUCUUCGCCGCACCUUCAGCCGCCCGCGCCUGCGCCGGAACCUAUUUCCGCUCCUCAGAUUGUCAACGGGCAGGGUCCAAUCCCCGCCAACUCACCAAACGUCAUGGAACCAGCGCCAUGUCCUCAGCCGCUCCCAAUCACUGAAUGUCCUUCUUCACUGCCAGACAUCAAUAGAAUUCAACCAUCUCUAGCCCCAGCAAAUGAGCCUUUGCUUCCUCCCGAACUUGACCAAGAUGAUGCCAGUUCAAUUCUGAGUGACCUGUCGUCAGAACUUGGUGAACCUCCUGCUGAACUUCCAACCGAACUUGAUCCAAUCGAUUUUGACUGGGACGGCCCCAAAGGUCAUGAAGUUCUGCGACUCAAACCCACUGUACGACAGUGGAACGAUUUUUCAGCUAAUCUUGCUUUCGCCCGAAGCCUCAAAGCUGAAAACAAUGGCUGCUUCAAAAUGGUUCUCCCAGAAGAGCUUCUGGAGGAUCUACCAGAAAAAGACUCCCAAAAGGUUCCUGCAAAUGCAUACCGACCCAAUCAGAUCAAGAAGAACAGCUUCUGGCGAGUUGAGACUGUUUCCUCUGUGGGCAGCUUCAGCUCAUCAAUCACCGGUCCACAAUGCAAGGUUUCUGCCACCCAGGCCAUUGACCAGCUACGAAAGUUGUACCGGAAGAAUGAUCGCAAACAAAUCCGCAAUGUACGCUAUCGAGCUGAUGUCCCUGCAUGGACUCCCGAACAGCGCCUCGAAGCUGGUGUUCCUGAGAGGAGCCCAAUUUAUCCUUUGAAAGGCGACAGGCUCGACAAGACCAAGGCCAUCAUCCCUGGAAUCCACACACCUUAUGUGUAUGAAUCAGGGCCUCAUUUCGGGGCAAGCUUCCAGAUACACGCUGAGGACUUCAGACUUGUUUCACUCAACCAUUUGUAUAAAGGUCGAAAGAUUUGGAUCGUGGUCCCUUCUACUGCUGUUGACGUUGCCGAGGAAGCUCUUGGACGAAAAGGCAAAUGUUCCCAGUUCAUGCGACAUCGAGCCGAGUUCUUCUUCCCUCAGAAGCUCGAAAAGUUAGGCAUACCCUUCCGCAUCGUCGACCAACGUCCUGGUGAGACCAUAGUAAUUCUGCCCGACGCAUAUCAUGAAGGAUUUAGCACAGGGUACAGCAUUGCCGAAGCCAAAAACUAUGCGGAUGAUGAUUGGACUACCGAAACAUAUCAGGAAUGCGAAGCGAAGUGUAAGCUUGCCACAAUGAUUCCUGCGGAUUUGAUGCGGCCCUUGAAUGACGGAGAGACCCAGCUUGACCUUUGUUCGGGUUUCGAAUUGCUGUCAAAAGAUACACCUCCGGCCACGCCACCAACAACACCGCCAACCGCAAAUAUAAAACGACGUCUCGAUAGCGAAGGACAGAGAGUUGGAAAUAACAAACGAGUCAAGGCGUAG